AUGACGGACCAGACCAGCGGCCGGCCGUCGGCCGGCGAUGGAACAAGUCCCAACGGCAUAGGCCCCCACACAAACGGCGCCGGCAGCGGCGACGGACACCCAUUGCUGGCGUCGUCACAACCUGCUGCAGCAGCACAAGCACACCACUUCCCAGACGUCUGCUACAAGCUGCGGCACAAGGUCCUGGCGUUCCUGGAUGAGGAGAUCCCCGCCUCCGAAAAGAUCCUGCGCAACGUGCAGAACCAGGUCCGCAUCUCCGUCUCUGUCGUUGAGCAGGCCCUGCGUCGCUAUACUCUGGACCAGAUCUCCUUGUCGUACAAUGGCGGCAAGGACUGUCUGGUGCUGUUGAUCCUGAUCCUGGCCUGUCUGCCGGUGGUCAAUGAGCCGGCGGUGCUUGCGGGCAAGACAUCCGAGGGGGCACAGACAUCAGCAUCGACAGCAACACGCGCGACUGCGCCGACAUCACAGACGUCGGCACAACCGACACUGCCACCGCCGACGGCAACGGCAACGGCAACGUCACCACGGGCGUCCACGGCACCUCGCCCCUUCCAGGCCAUCUACAUUGUCCCGCCCGACCCCUUCGCCGAGGUCGACGAGUUUGUCGACCAGUCCACCGCCGACUACCACCUCGACCUGGCCCGCUAUCCCUUGCCCAUGCGCGCUGCCCUCGACGCCUACCUCGCCGACCGCCCGGCCGUCCAGGCCAUCUUCAUGGGCACCCGCCGCACCGAUCCCCACGGAGAGCUCCUCACCCACUUCACGCCGACCGAUGCCGGGUGGCCCCAGUUUAUGCGCAUCCACCCGGUCAUCGACUGGCACUAUGCCGAGAUCUGGGCUUUCAUCCGCCACUUCGACAUCCCCUUUUGCCAGCUCUACAACCGCGGCUUCACCUCCCUCGGCGGCACCACCGAUACCCGCCCAAACCCGGUCCUCGCCAAGAAGGCAAAGAGCACCCACGAUGCCGAAGACCACAGCGGUGCAUCCACGCCCAUGUCCUUCCGGCCUGCGUAUGAACUGAUGGACGACGACGAAGAGCGCCUGGGCCGGGGGCGGCCGCAUAAACAGACCAUACAGAACGAGAACGACGUCAACGACGGAAAGCGGCGCAUUGUUGGGGAGAAACAAUACCAGUGA